AUGCAGUAUUUAGAUGAUAACUAUCCUCAAUACCCUUCGCUGCCUCAUGACAUUCCCAAAAGAGCACUCAAUUUUCAGGUUGCACAUAUUGUUUUGCAGAAUAACGUCAUUGAGAAAAAUGUUGGCCCUCAUGAAAAACUUCCUUGGGCACAAAGUGUCAUUAGAAAGGGCUUCACAGCACUUGAAAAGCUACUAAAAGAUCACGCAGGGAGAUAUGCCACUGGAGAUGAAAUUUUCCUGGUACUUGCAAUUCAUAUGACAAUGCUCAGUUACUAUUAUUAUACCAUGUGUGUUUGUAUGCGUAUUUUUAUACUUAAAUUUAGCUGUAGCACUGUAUUUCUCAAAAUUUGGAGGUGAAAAAGUUUCUGAUUGAUGCACUAGUUUAUGAAGUUUUAUUCAUUAAUUUGUCUUCAAUUUUUUAAACCUUUUGCUUCAAUUUACUUGUGUAACUUGAUGUAACCUGACGAGAGGCGCAAAAGGGAACUUGCUGACGAACUGAGAGCUCAGGUAAG